AUGGAAUUAAUACUUGUUAUCGAUGCACAACAGAAAAAAAACGGGCACCGCUACUCAAAUUGGAACAACAUGGACCCUGGUGAACAACCUCGAUGUUUGCAAAUACUAACUCAAGUUGAGGAGAUGUUGAUAACAAGGAUUAGCCAUGUCCUUCAAGUUACCUAUGCAAGAGGAGGCCAACUAAAAUAUAGUGGCCACACUAUUUGUUUUCCUCAAGAUAUUUCUUCAAUUGCAUCCCACUUGCCCGGACGUAUAGAUGGACUGGACAUGAUAAUAGUAAACAAGGUAGACACUGGCCAACAACAAUACAACUUCUAUGUUAGUAGAGGACGUGUCCAUGAGGCAUUACAAUAUAAGAUUUCAUAUGACCCAUACUACAAAGAUGUAGAAUUAGAUGAAUUAGCAUUAGCAUCUUUACCCAUAAACCCCACCAAUAUAUCUGACCUGCUAUAUGCAACAACUUCAUAUCCUGAUCCCAUUGAUCUAAGUUCCAUGCAAGAAGAUGUUACAGAGGAUGAUCCAUUGAUAGAGAACUUGCAAAUGACAAAUUCAUUUGUGGCAAAUCUUCCACCUGCACGGCGUGAGAUCGAAGAAAUGCGCUCUUUACUACAACUAGAGAAAGGACACCCAACUCCUAUAGUUCAAUGGCCACCCAUUUCCCCAUCUCCUAUAAAUGAAUACACUACCGAAGGAUUAUACCAUGAUAAUAGGUUUGGUCAGCACCCAAGGUUUAGGUACUUCAUAUUGAAUAUACUUAUGCGUCAUAGAAGUCAAGCCACCACAUCUAUAUUUUUCCACAAACAACUUGAUGAUUCAAUGCCUAUAACAAUUUCUGACCUUCGUCACAAAUUAAAGGACUUGCCUGAUGACAAACUUGCAGAUCAACUAAUGUGCUUUACCUUGUCAAAUCGUGGAACAAAACCAUUUUGGAAUCAACGUAGAGGGGAACUUAUAGACAUGGUCAUCCAAAUUGGUUGUCCAACUCUAUUUUUUACACUCAGUGCAGCUGAUACAAAAUGGCCCGACUUGCAUGAUAUCAUGCCAUCCACCACACAUACAAAUCCAUAUGCAACAGCUAGGUGGAGGUUACAAAAUAUAGUUCAAAAUCCACACCUUACUGCAAUGUACAUGCAUCACAGGUUUACUGCAUUUCGUGAAGAAGUGUUGGAAAAACUUCUUGGUGCAAAUGACUACUAG